AUGGCACCCACAGCCCUGCCUGCAUCCCCUGGGCCGACCCUGUCCCCGCCAGCCCUCACCCUGCCUGGGGGAGAAUCCAGCCCUGUUCCCCGGGGCGCUCCAUCCUUUCCCGCAGGCUCUGUCUCGGGAAGGCUGUGCAGCACCAGCGCUCCGGUGGCAGCCGGUGGUCCUGCCCGGGCUGCCCCGUUCAUCAGCCGCUGGGCACAGGCAGCCCCCUGCUCGCCAGACCCAGGGAAGAAGAGGAGCCGACCCGCCCGGCGCAGCCACCUUCCCCCGACGGGGGGGGGGGGGCUGAGCAGGAUGCGGCCCGGGGAUGCCCGAGCCCGCGGUGCCCCUGAGCCCCCGGUGCCCCCGAGCUCCAGGACGGGGGCUUUCCCGAACGACAACAGGCAACCCGGGCCGGGGCCGCUGCCCCCCAGCGCCGGGCCGGUCCCUGCCCCAGGCCGCGGGAGGGGCGGGGUAGGGACGCGGCACUACAGGACCCGGCGCUCCCCGCGGCGGGGCGGGACCGGACGGCGGAAGCGGCGGCGCGGAGCGGCGGGGCCGGGGCACGGCAGUGGUGGCACCAUGCAGCAGGAGGCGGAGGGCAGCCGUUCACGCCGAAGGAAGCCUGACAUGGCCUUAUAUGUGCCCAAAGCUCGGCGGGAGAGAGAGGCGCAAGUGGCAGGUGACAUGCCAGCUGUGCACCGCCGGGAGCCUGAGAACCACCAUCUUACGCAGGACACUUGCCGAGGUAGCAGUGAUGGGCAGAGGCAGAGCCCUUGUGCCAGAACAAAGGCAGGCAGAUUGGCAAAGAGGGAGAACAAGGUGGAUACCAGCCCAAAGGAGCUGCGGGCAGCCUCUGCUGGGCACUGUCAGAGGUUGAGAGGCAGCUGCCGCGUAGCAUUGGAGAGCAUGGGGGCAUCACACAGCAUGUGCAAGCCGUGCCCAGAUCCAGCUGUUGCCCAGCCCCGGGACGGACAGGACAAAACUUGCCAUGAUGAAGGACUUGGAGAGCUUGGCUGCGGCUGCCAGAUGAUGAGGACUGAGCCUGAACCUCCAUCCCUGCCAAGUGCCCAGCCUGGAGCCAGGGAGGCUACCUCCAAGGCCAGCCCUGCUAGCUCAACACUCCCCACUAGCUCAAUGCCGGCGUGUCGGACAGGGCCAAGUGAUGUGUCAGAGCAUUUGAGGGACAGCACCCUGGAUCCAGCCAGGGAUCUCUCCCAGCACCCAGGAGAGGGUGUCCUGCUACUGGCAGGGGCAUGUGACUGGAACAGCGUGCCCGGACUGAUGUGGAAGGCUGCAGGUUCAAAAGUUAAGGAGGAGGAAGGGGAGCCUGGGGGGUUUCUCCUGGCAGGGCAGAGUGAGGGCUGUGCUGCUGGAGUGCUGUCAGAGGCUGACGAAGAAGAAAGGCAGGGAUGCAUAGCUGAGCUUGUCGGGGAGAGCACCUUGGAUGUACCGGGCGCUGGCUGUGAACCUGGGUGCUCGACGAGUGGUUUGAGUGGUGGACUGGUGCUCCCCGAGGAGAAUACCCUGAGGCACGAUGUGGGCAGCCCAUCCCAGCUCCCACCAGGCAAGGAGGAGAGUGCUGCUGGGUCUGGGCAUCCUCGUGAGGAGGGCAUCCCAGUGCCAGCUGCAGGGGGAGGGGGCAGCCCCUCUGCCUGUUCAGAUGGCAGCACCGGGGUUGGGAGAGCCCUGCUGGGUGCUGACGAGGAGCCAGCAAGCAGUGCAUGGGAGGGGACACCCCUGGAGAGCCACAAGUCCCCGGCAGCCCUGGAUCUGCUGUGCCGUGGGAUGGAGGGUCUCUUGCCCCCUGCCUGGGCCGAGGAGUUGGCGGGGGCCGAGGGGGAUGCGGGCCCACUGCAGCAGGACUGGUGCAGCCAGGAGGCCAAGGAAGAAGAGGGAGGUCUCUGCCACAGCUCCGCAAAGGCAGAACAGGCCAGUACUGAGCCAUGCCAUGCCAGUCCGGCUGUGGAGGAGAGCUGGGACACACUGUUCAAUGACGACGGGGACUGCCUGGAUCCACGCCUGCUGGAGGAGCUCUCAGGGGGUGAGAAGUGCCGGGAGAGCCAGCAGUCACCCUGCUUCAACUACUAUGCGGCUGAGCCCGCUGCACCGGACCUCAGCGAUGAUGAGCUGCCCCACGUCAUUGAGAUCUAUGAUUUCCCCUCAGAUUUUCGCACUGAGGACCUGUUGCGUGUCUUCUGCAGCUAUCAGAAAAAAGGCUUUGAUAUUAAGUGGGUGGACAAUACGCACGCCCUAGGCAUCUUCUGCAGCCCCAUAACAGCACGUGAUGCCCUCAGCACCAAGCACCUGAUGGUGAAGACACGUCCGCUUUCCCAAGGCACCCGUGCCUCUAAAGCCAAAGCCAGGGCGUAUGCCGACUACCUACAGCCUGCCAAGGAGCGCCCUGAAACAUCGGCUGCCCUGGCCAGGCGGCUGGUGAUCGGUGCCCUGGGGGUACGCAGCAAUCAGACGCCAGCCCAGCGAAAUGCUGAGCGGAGGAAGCUGCAAGAAGCCCGGGAGAGGAAACGCCUGGAGAACAAGCAGCGGGAAGAUGCCUGGGAGGGCCGGGAGUGAGCUGGGAGGCUGCACCUUAUCCUGGCUGGGAACCCCCUUGGGGAACCCAGGCCCAUCUCUAUGGGCAGGCAGAGCCCUCUGCAUCGUGGAGUGGGGAUGGAUCCUGCACCACAUUCCAAAGCACUGUGUGGCUCCUCCAAAAGGGCUGAGCAGGGCGCGUGCAGGCUGGUUGUUACCAUGUGGAUGUGGUCGCCAUCAGACAGUGCUGCCCAUCCUGCCCAGCGCAGGACUUCCAGUGCUGCCUGCUGCAGCGGAAACAGCAGUGGGAUGUGGGAAGCUCGGCUGCAAGCAGGUGAGGCUGUAUUGGGCCACCCUGGCAGUGCCUUGCGAGUGAGAGUUUGUCCUUUAUUUUGCUAAU